AUGGAGGCAGUCAUUUUUGACCAUCUUCAAGAGGCUGAUCCUGUGGAUAUUGAAUUAUUUCAAGGAGAGAAACAAAAACUCAUCCAGCCAACAUCUUUAAAGGACCCCAAACUCGAACAGCUGAAGGAGGCUUUGGUUGAUUGGAUCAAUAGGACUUUGACACCAGAGCAUAUCGUGGUUCAGAGUCUGGAGGAGGAUCUGUAUGAUGGACUGGUUCUUCAUCACCUACUGUCCCAGCUGGCCAGUGUGGAUCUGCCUGUGGAAGAAAUAGCGUUGACCAGCACUGCUCAGAUCCGCAAGCUGGAAGUGAUCCUGGCGGAGCUGGAUAAAAGGCUGGGUCUGCAGGACAGCAGUCCCAUCAAAUGGAACGUCAAGCUCAUCCACAACAAAGACCUCCUGGCUACCAUUCAUCUGCUGGUUGCUAUGGCAAAAUCUUUCCAGCCUGAACUAAAUCUGCCACCAAAUGUGAAGGUUGAAGUUGUGGUUGUGGAAGUCAGCAAAAAUGGAAUUAAAUCAGACGUGCAAACGGAAGCCCUGACAGAGGACAGCUGUGGAGCCUCCAAUUCCUCCAGCAGUCCUGAAUGGGAAGAUCCAAUUGAGCAACUGCUGAAGCUUGAGGCCAACAAGGUCAACACAGUGAAGAAGGCCAUUUUACAUUUUGUCAAUCAGAAUAUGGUGACCCUGGGUCUGCAUGUGGCUGACAUGGACAAACAGUUUUCUGAUGGAGUGAUACUGCUGCUACUCAUUGGUCAGUUGGAGGGUUUCUUCAUCCCACUCUGUGAAUUCCACCUGACCCCUGUCAAUGACACAGAAAUGCUUCAUAAUGUGACCUUAGUCUUGGACCUCCUGAAUAAUAUGGAUCUGCAGCUUCCCAAUAUUGAGCCACAAGAUAUCGUCUCUCAGGAUGUGGCUGUUACCUUGAAAGUCCUUUACGCCCUGUUCAAGAAGCACAAAGGAAAAUGA